AUGUCGAUACGAAUAGCCCUCGACAAUCCUCCAGAGUUCUAUACGAACCUGGACUUUAUACAAGGCCGCAUAAUUCUCGGCCUCAAUCGACCAGAGACUAUUGGUAACAUUGUUGUCAAGUUAGAGGGCGAUUCGAGAACAGCGCUGGAUCUUGACGAUCGCGGCGUGGCUGUUAACAACUACAGCAACUCUCACUUCCCCACGGAUUACAGAUCCGAAACCCACAAGCUGCUCUAUCUGGUCAAGCAAGUCUAUCCAGAUGCAGCUGCCUCGGCCUCACCCGUCGGCGGCAUGCCAGGCGUCAUGUAUCCUGGACAACACGAGUUUCCCUUCAAGUUCAAGGUGCCCUUGAACAAUAUCUGCGGCAACCCAACAGCCAUGGCGGCGCUGAACGGCAUUGGCGGGAUCGGGGGACCAAGUGGCAGCGCCAACUUUCUUGGCUUUGCAGGCUUUCGAACCAUGGAUGGUAGCAAACAGCUGAUGCUCCAGCAUGUGAGGGCUACGUUGCCCCCGUCUCUCACUGGCUUCCCGCGGAAAGCUGAGAUUCGAUACUACAUCAAAGUCACCAUUCAAAGACCUGGCUUUUUCAAGGAAAACUGGCGCUAUCAGAUUGGUUUCAAGUUUCUGCCAAUAGAGUCACCACGUCCACCCAUAACAAAACAGGAGGCUUUUGCGCGGCGGCCCUUCACAUUUGAUCCUCGCACGCCUGAGGUUAUCAAGAAAAGAACGUCAUUCUUUGGUUUCCAAAACAACACGAAAGCUCAGGAGGAGGAGCUCAUUCCGCCAUCUUUGGAAAUGUCAGCCCGUCUACCAUAUCCGAGCAUUUUAACAUGUAACCAACCAAUACCCUUGCGGUUGGUUGCCAAGAAGCUUUCUCCCUCAAAGGAGCAGGUUUAUCUUACAUCGCUAGAGAUUGCACUUCUUGGAUUCACCCACAUUCGUGUCUUUGACUCUCGAAAUACCGAGGCCACCAGAUGGGUGGUAGCGUCCGCCAACAAUCUUGCUAUACCUGUAGGAGACCCCAACGACGCAGUGGACACAGAGACGGUCUUGCCAGAUCGCUUCUGGGCAGAGCGCCCUUUGCCAAACACUGUAGCGCCCUCGUUCACCACCUGCAACCUCUCUCGCCAUUAUGAGAUUGAGCUCCGCAUCACCCUCACCUGGGGCAAACCAAUCAAGGGCGGCAAAGCCACGGCACCCUAUCCCAAGCAGCUCUCCCUACCCCUGAAGUUGUCCAAGGUCGAUAUCUACUCGGGCAUCACCCCGCCUCCGGAGCUCGUACAGGCCGCGGCGGGCAGACCACAGCCGCCACCACUUCCACCUAGGGCGUCGACAGCGCCCGGCGCACCGCACGAUCCUCUUUACCCGCCUCAGCUGGCCCCUGGCGAAGUACCCAGAUACGACGACGCACCACCAAGCUACGAUGAGGCCAUGGCCCAGCAGCUUACGGGACCGCAGGAACGGCCGGCUUACAGUGGAGUAACGGCAGAGAAUGACCCAAGUACCAUGCCGCCGGAGAAGUCUGGAUUACAUUAG